UAAGGUGAGGUUUGCAGGUGCAAAGCUGACAGAAGCAGUCCAAGCUGACGGCAACAGCAUGGAAGAAGAAAUAAUAAAGACCGAGGCAGCAGGUGAAGAUGUGGCGCCCAAUGAUGAAGAGCCUAGUGUAGACAUUUCAAAUGACAGUCCAUCUAAAAGAGGAAGGGGAAGGCCAAAGAAGCUGAAGGUUGUAGUUACCGACGUCAACCUAAUGGUUUCGGGCAUUUCUAACGGUGAACCCCCACAGACCCCGAGAGGGAGAGGACGUCCAAAACUCAUUAAACCCACAGAGCAGCAAGGAUCAGGAGACAACAAUGCCGAUGAUUCAGGGUCCCAGAAAGAGGCCAGUGAUGAAGACGACGCUUCACUAGAACAUUCUCCUAAGAAAAGAGGCCGGCCACGUGCAAAGCUGACAGAAGCAGUCCAAGCUGACGGCAACAGCAUGGAAGAAGAAAUAAUAACGACCGAGACAGCAGGUGAAGAUGUGGCGCCCAAUGAUGAAGAGCCUAGUGUAGACAUUUCCAAUGACAGUCCAUCUAAAAGAGGAAGGGGAAGGCCAAAGAAGCUGACGGUUGUAGUUACCGACGCCAACCUAAUGGUUUCGGGCAUUUCUAACGGUGAACCCCCACAGACCCCGAGAGGGAGAGGACGUCCAAAACUCAUUAAACCCACAGAGCAGCAAGGAUCAGGAGACAACAAUGCCGAUGAUUCAGGGUCCCAGAAAGAGGCCAGUGAUGAAGACGACGCUUCACCAGAACAUUCUCCUAAGAAAAGAGGCCGGCCACGUGCAAAGCUGACAGAAGCAGUCCAAGCUGACGGCAACAGCAUGGAAGAAGAAAUAAUAACGACCGAGGCGGCAGGUGAAGAUGUGGCGCCCAAUGAUGAAGAGCCUAGUGUAGACAUUUCCAAUGACAGUCCAUCUAAAAGAGGAAGGGGAAGGCCAAAGAAGCUGAAGGUUGUAGUUACCGACGUCAACCUAAUUGUUUCGGGCAUUUCUAACGGUGAACCCCCACAGACCCCGAGAGGGAGAGGACGUCCAAAACUCAUUAAACCCACAGAGCAGCAAGGAUCAGGAGACAACAAUGACGAUGAUUCAGGGUCCCAGAAAGAGGCCAGUGAUGAAGACGACGCUUCACUAGAACAUUCUCCUAAGAAAAGAGGCCGGCCACGUAAGUCUCUCAGCACCCCUGCAAAGGCUGAUACACCGAAAGGAAAUAGGGGUCGACCAAAAGGAUCCACGAAGCGCAAGUCAGAGAGUCCGAGUGAAACAGGCUCUCCCAAUAAGGAACCCAUGCUGGAAUCAGUGAAGAAGAGAGGUCGGCCCAGGAAGGUGGAGGCAGCAUCAAAUGGCAUCUCAAAGAAGUUAAGGGGAAGCUCCAGAAAAAGUAUUGAACAGGAGAGCGGAGAUGAAAAGAGGGGAAGGGGUAGACCAACAGGCUCUCCAAACAAGAAACCCCCCGCAUAUAAGGUGCCAGUUAAGGUAGGCCGCGCCACAAAGGGGAGGAUUGGUCGACCGGGAAAAUAACCGGCCACAAGAGGAAGACCAAGAAAAUACCCCCGGCCGACGCCAGAGGAGCUGAAUAAGCCACGAGUAUGGAAGCCGCUGGGAAGGCCCAGGAAAUACCCGCGUCCCAAACCUCCUGAGGAGACUUCACCGGCCCCUCCCAGAAACCGUGGCCGACCUCGCAAGACAGAAUCCAAUAAAGGCGCUCACCUACGUAAGAAUUUCCCUGGCCCUUCUUCACCACCUAAACCCUAUGUUGGACCCCUGAGAAAAAGGGGCCGUCCCCCAAAAAGUGAUGCUGAGGCCCCACGGAAAUUGGGCCGCCCUAAGGGUUCAAUCAACAAAAAUAAAGCCACAGGUGAAUUAGAAGCCACACUCUCCAACCAAAUGAAGAACAGACGGUGGAAGAGGAAGUGCAGCAGAGCGCAGAGACGUCCAUCGAGGACAUCACUGAAUAAUCGCUCAUCGAUCAGGCGGCCAGCUUUGAAGUCACAAACCAGGCCAGAUAAACAAUCCCGGUCCGACCAAAAAGUUGCUGUAGUACUUGCUGUUUAAAACAUAGAAGACAAACCUGUCAAUGAAUCCUGUUUUAAACAUUUUGUUCGUCGGCUGGGCUAGAUAUUCAGCAGCUCUUGUUUUCUCUAACGUGUCCAUCUUGUUUUAUUGUGCUUGAUUUUUAUUCUUUAUAUUCUUUAUUUGUCAUACGAGUAGUACUAAUAUCCUUUUACUAAAACUGUCAUGUUGAUUAUUAUAGACUAGUCUUUUCCAAAACAUUAGCUUAGUUUAACUGUUAAACGGUUACUGUGGAAUCACUCGGAAGGGGGGUGGAGAAAGUCCGAAAAAUGCUUAAAGGUCCCAUGUCA